AUUGGCGUCACUUCCUACAUGCAGCUGUUGCAGUUCUUUAUAGCUAUCUUAGCAAGUCAGCAUCGUUUUAUCUUUGGCGACGCAGUAUGAAUGCAAAGAAAAUCGCAAUUCUAACUAUUUUAGUCGAGCUACGCUAACAACAUUAUAUUAACUGUACAUCUGAUAUAAAGUUUUUGCUUCUGUUUUUGACUAACGAUUACCAGCUUCAAGAAUAACAAAAAAAUCGAGCUACGGACUAGCUAGCUACUUAGCUAGCUAGCUACUAGCUUUCUAGCACGGGCUAGCAGUACCUUCUAAAGUAACCUUGGUAAGGUCGGAAUCCGAAGAUGGUGAGACCACACUCUGGGUCUCCCCGUUCUAAACAGAGACCAUUCUCUGAUGGCUACCACAGUGAGCACCACGGGGGCCGUAUGGGCCCCUCUUCUAGGAGUCAGAGGGGAUUUCGAGGCCACCCAGGUAAGGCGCCUCCCAGCUGGAGAGAGAGCAGCAGCGGAGGACCCUACCCCUACUCCAAAAGACCACCUCUAAUGGGAGAACCUAGAGAGAGGCCACAUGGACACUGGAUGUCUCAGAACCAGGAUCACUUCAGGCAGUACCACAGCCCCCAAGAUUCUCAGCGGGGACACAGGAGGCCUUCCCUACCAUCCUCAAACCGCUCUCCCGCACUCCAACACAGACUGUCCCCGCACGGUCCCUCACAUGGACCGCCAGGACAUCACAGACCUCCACCCUUCCACAGGAAUCACUCUGGUCACGUUUCUCCUUCAUCUCGUCACUUCCAUGGCCCUCCCUCAGACCGCAGAGGGCCGUCCCCCCACAGCACAUAUAGAGCACCUCAGCGCCACCUGAGUCCUGCCCACGAACAGGAGAGGAGCUGGGGGCCUCCGAGGUACCUGGGUCCCAGGGAGAGGCCCCUCAUGCGGCAAGCCCGCGGAGGGCAUCGCUGGAACGGCCCAGGGGGCUAUCCUCACCCCAAUGGGGAGGUUAGGCCCUCUGGCUCCCCCUAUAGGAAACCAAGGGAGUUUCAUGAGAGGAGCUCGUAUCCAGAGAGGUGGUCUGCAGAGAGAGAUCCACGAAAGCCGCUUGGAGAAGUUGGCAGGGAUCGGGGGAGGGUUAGGCCUGGGCACCUGACCCCAGAAUGGGUGCACCGGGAAGGAGGUCACCCAUAUCCCCGCCCCCCUUACAGAGCACCCUCAUGGAAAGCUGGCCCACCUUCUUCCUCCAACUCAUCUUCCAGAUUUCCUCCACCUAUGCGGCCUCAGGAGAGGCCCCCACUGAAGAGGAGGAGUCAGGAGUUCGGACGUCCUCCAUCGUCUAUGGGCAUGGAAUACGGACCGCCGAAGCGGUUUCGCAGGGAGCUAUCAGUUCGACCACUGCCCCCUAGAGGGUUUGGAGGUCGUGGUCUGUCCCUCAAGGACAAGUCUCGGCUGUUGAAGGGGCGUAACUUCAGGGCUGAAUCUGUGGCCCGUUUCAAAUUGCCCCCGCCAAGGCCUUCAGAAAAAUUACAGAAGACCAAGGUACAGAAGACUUCAAAGAAUAGCGAAGAGUCUUGUGAAGAUGCACCUCGCAAAGUCCCUGUGAAGAAAAGUGCUAAGAGACCUACAACUAGAGAGUCGCCCACCGACACCGACUCCAAAUCAACUGACCCCGAAAGGGACUCCGAGACACAGGUGGAAUCCCGGCGCUCGGUGAGAGCACACAGCUCUUCACCCAUAGACAAACUGACCCAUGACCUUGUUGUGGUUUCCCACUGGGAGGCUGAAACCAGACCAAGUUCUAGUCCCAAAAGCAGCCCCCCUUGGAAGAACAGGGCAUCCAAGCAUAAGAUGGACACCUCAAACUCUCAUGGGAAUCUGACACCGAACGAGCGCUUUGGCAAACUGCACAGCACUGGAAGUGCACUGCGUGACCAAAAGGAUCGAAGGCCAACCACUGGUCCUGGAAAACUGAUAAGAAAGCCAGGUUCUUUUCAGAAACCUAAUUUUCGCCCAACCCUUGGAAUUAAGAAGGGCCCAUGCCCUGAUGGCGUCUUCAGAAAGCCAUUAAUGGCUACCAUAGUUGCACGGCCACCCCUCCAUCAGAAGCCUGUGUUCAGGAAGAGUCAGAGCAUCAUGUCGAAGUACAGGAACCUGCAGACGCUCCGACGCAAAGCACCACCCCAUCCACGCCCUGCCACCAGCUACCGCCGCUGGUGAAGUUCCAGCAGGAAGAUUUGUCAUUACACGCGAAGGUGCUUCAUCAAGAUGGACAUUCAUCGGCUGAACAUAGCAGGCCUCUGUUCAUGUGCUUUUUGCCCAAAGAAUGGCACCUGUGUUGAGCUUGGAUCCCCCUCCUUUCCUGCAGCCUCUGUCCAAAACGCAGUAAUAUUUUUACCCUUUUCUCCAGCUGUCACUCUGCAUAAACCAUAUUAAGAUUGCCAAAGUUUACUUUUAUGUUUAAUUGUUUCUCCUUUUAGUGUUUUCAUUCAUGGAUUCUUCACUGGAUCAUGGCAUAAUAUUACCAUGCAACCUGAUUUGAGAUUGAAAAAUGAUCUUUUUUUUUUGUGGAAAGGGUUUUUGGUUUGUUUCUUGGUUUCUACCCUUGUGCACAUCUCAGUCAAGUGACAUGUCUGAGUUCCAGAUCUGAAACAGUAGCAGCUUUGCUAUGAUGUUUGAUGUAGUAGUCAUUCUGUUGUACUCAAAAGGCAGAUAAGUUGGGUCUUUACUGGGUUCCCUUAAUUCUAUAUAUAUUAUAUAUACACUGUCAAAGCGCUUUGUACAGCCCCUCAGAUAUUAUGUACAUUGUUUAUAGAGGCAGAUUUCAAUAAAAGAACUGGAACUUUGCA